UUCCUCUCUAUAUGUACUCAAUGUAUGUUCUGUUUAUUUUUUGAUCAGUAUUACAAGAUUCAAAUAUAUUUUGACGUAUUGUGAUAGAAAGCUAAUUAUUAAGAAUUAAAAUGCCAUGUGAAAUGAUAACACUUCAACUUGGCCAAUGUGGCAAUCAAAUUGGAUUUGAAUUUUGGAAAAGAUUAUGUGCAGAGCAUGGUAUCAGCCCAGAAGGGAUAUUAGAAGAUUAUGCUAUAGAUGGAACCGACCGAAAAGAUGUCUUUUUUUAUCAAUCAGAUGAUGAACAUUAUAUACCAAGAGCCGUUUUAUUAGAUUUAGAACCUAGAGUAAUUCAUACCAUCAUGAAUUCUCCAUAUUCAAAACUCUAUAAUCCAGAAAAUAUAUAUUUAUCAAAACAUGGUGGAGGAGCUGGUAAUAAUUGGGCUUCUGGUUAUCAUCAAGGAGAGAAAUUACAAGAAGAAAUUUUUGAUAUUUUAGAUCGAGAAGCAGAUGGAAGUGAUAGUUUAGAAGGUUUUGUCUUGUGUCACUCUAUAGCAGGUGGUACUGGUUCUGGUAUGGGAUCUUUUAUGUUGGAAUCUCUUGCAGACCGAUUUCCAAAAAAGUUGAUUGAAACAUAUAGUGUUUUUCCAAAUCAGGAUGAAAUAAGCGAUGUUGUGGUACAACCAUACAAUUCUUUGCUAACAUUAAAAAGACUAACUCAUUGUGCAGAUUGCGUUGUUGUCUUAGACAAUACAGCAUUGAAUAGAAUUGCAUCAGACAGACUACAUAUACAGAACCCUACUUUCACACAAAUUAAUAAACUUGUUUCUACAAUAAUGUCUGUCAGCACCACAACUCUUAGAUAUCCUUCAUAUAUGAAUAAUGAUUUAGUUAGUUUAAUUGCUCCAUUGAUACCAACACCACGUCUACACUUUUUAAUGACAGGAUAUACACCUAUUACUACAGAUCAAGAGGGUGCAUCAGUAAGAAAAACGUCUGUUUUGGAUGUAAUGCGACGUUUAUUGCAACCAAAAAAUAUGAUGGUUUCUGCUGCAUUAGAUAGAAAUGCUUCUCAUUGUUACAUAUCUAUUUUAAAUAUUAUACAGGGCGAAGUCGAUCCCACACAAGUACAUAAAUCUUUACAAAGAAUACGAGAACGGAAGUUAGCACAAUUUAUACCCUGGGGACCCGCUAGUAUACAAGUUGCUCUUUCUAGAAAAUCUCCAUAUAUUCAAAGUACACAUCGUGUAUCAGGUUUAAUGUUGGCUAAUCAUACUAACAUAUCAUCACUCUUUGAUCGAGCCCUACAACAAUAUGAUAAAUUACGUAAACGAGAAGCGUUUUUAGAGCAGUUUCGGAAAGAAAAAAUGUUUGAAGACAAUCUUGAUGAGCUUGAUAGUUCAAGAGCUGUAGUUGAAUAUUUAGUAAAAGAAUAUCAAGCAGCAACUAAGCUGGAUUACUUAACAUGGAGUCCAACUAAAGAACAAUAAAAAAAUAUGAGCUGUUUCACAGGUAGUGUAUUUUGCACUACCAUUUUUUCUUUUUGAUAAUUUUAUAUUUAUACAAUGUUCUGCAUGUGUUUUUGUGCCAUAUACUAUUUCAUUGCAAAUUUUAACACAGUUGUUCCAAGAUCAUUAAUUACCUAACAAAGUAUUAAUAUAGUUUUAUAUUAUAUAUAUGAACUAGCUAGUUUAAGUUCUCUAUAUUUUCUAUGCAAUUUGUUGUAAUAAUAGAAAAUAAUAUCAUUUUAAUAAAUAUAAUUGUAUGCAAAGCAUACAAUUUACAAAGUA